AUGGAUGAACCAUGCGAUGAAGAUAUCAUCACCAAGAUAAAAGAAUCCAGAAGGGCGAACAUUGUUGUUACUGUUACACCUGAGAAUUCCGACACAGAUGAAGAGCCAUUAAAUGAAGAAGAGGCAAAAGAGAUGACAUUGACCAAUCCAAUGCCCAGGUUCUCGAUUUCAAUAUUCAUCAGGAUGCAUCCAAAGCUCCAGCUCCGAUCAUUGUGCAACUUCACAUAUGAACAGUUGGAAUACCUCGCUGACAUUAUUGAAUCCAACUGUGGAAGGGCCAGAAGAGGAAGGAAGGUCAAAUUUUCAACAAUCGAGUCUCUCUUCCUCACGCUCACAUAUUACUGCACAUACUUGCCCUAUUCAGCAUUAUGUCCGUUGCUACAUAUUUCCCAGUCAUGCUAUUCCAAAUUAGUUACAAGAACUACCAAUGUUGCAUUUCCAAUCUUUGCGAGCUAUUUUCUUCCCAAUCACUGUCCACCGUUAACUUCAAUGAAGAACAAAUUUACAAACUUCCCUGAUGCUGUUGCAGCUGUAGACAGCACUACAAUUCCUUUCAACAUUCCUUCGGUAAAGGAAGAGAGGCUUUAUAGUUGGGAUGAAAAAAACCACUGCAACGGUAUUAAGCUCCAAGUCCUCGUGUCACCAGAUGGAAAAGCCAUACAUCAAAACGUUGAGUUUAUGGCUGCAGUCCAUGACAAGAAGAUUUUCGAUUUGUCAAAAGUCUCGGAUUUUUUGACAGUAAAGCGAGGAUUUGAUGAUUACCAAUAUCCUGUACUUGCCGACCGGGGCUAUAUUGGAAUCCAGAAAUAUCACCUUACUGCCGUGGUGAUGAAGAGAAGCCACGAAGAAGCAGACGUUGAACGCAACAACGCCAUUGCCCAAGACAGGCAGAUUGUCGAGCGUUUCUUUGCACGUUUCAAGUCAUGCUGGUCCUGCAUGAAAAAUGGUUUUCGAGGUGAGCGCACAUCACUUCCUCUGAUCAUAUCAGGUUUAGUCGGUUUGACAAAUUAUAACAUUGAUGGAUCACCCCUGAAUGAUAAUGAAGAGUUACUCCUUUUCGAAGAUUUUACACCAACAAAGGUUCUUCCUUCAAGCGAUACCGUCGCUGCUGUUGUUGCACCCUCCAUGAAACCAUCAAAGCGGAACAUCAUUGCUGUCGCUCAUCAAGCUGUCGAUAUCAUACAGUCAUCACAAGAGGCGAACUACCUUUACCCAAUUAAAGGUGGUAUUGUUGGUCUUCAUAAUAUGGGAAAUACGUGUCAUUUGAACGUAUGUUUACAGGUUCUGUUCUACAUAUCCGAAGUGAGAACAGAAGUUUUGAAGGUUGCCAAUCAGUCCUCUCCCAUCGUAACAGAGAUGUCAAGUAUCUUUACAAAUUUGAAUUCAUUGAAGUCCAAAGGAUUAGUCUUCGUUCCCCAUGAACUUGCCACAUUACUUGGUAACUCAACAUAUGAGGCACAAGAUUGUGAUGACACGAUGACAAGAUUGAUCACAGAUCUCGCAGAGCAAAUACCAGGAAUCGGUCAACUCUUCCGAAUCACUUACCGUGAUAGUGCCAACGAACAAACAAAUUGCUACUCGAUUCACACCAGAAUUGGAGAACCAGAUCUCGAUCAUGCCAUUCAACAUCAUUUGUCAACUACAAGGAACACAUCAUGGCCACAAUUCUUGACUUUCGACAUUCAGAGAGAGUGGCAGAAUGAUUCGAUUCAUCAAGUCAUCUUUGACUUCCCGAAAAAGUUGACACUCCCAACAGUCGAAAGGCAAAGAUAUCAAUUGGUUGCAAUUGUUGCCUAUUGCAAUUUUCAUUACGUGGUCUUUUUGCAAAAAAGUGCAUAUUGGAUCAUGAUCAAUGAUGAAGUCGCAUACUCUGUUCCAUCAACAGAUAUCAAUGCAUUGAAGGGAUGCUCAACUGCUGAGAUGCCACCUUUAUGGUACAAGACUCUCGAACACAAAUGGCUCGCAAAGAUGCUCAUUUAUCGAAUGGUUCAAUGA